AUGUCAUCGCCAACGCAAUUCCGGAUCAUCAUCGUGGGCGGCGGUAUCGCAGGAUUGGCAGCUGCCAUAGCUCUGCGGAAAGACAACCGUCAGGUCACAAUCCUCGAACAAUCUCGUCUCAGUACUGAAAUCGGUGCUACAAUCUCGCUUCAGCCCAAUGCCACGAGGAUUAUACAGCAGUCGUGGGGCCUCGACAAUCUACUCGACGACUCAAAUGGCACCAUUGAUCAUGGUUUCAGGAUCUACAACAUUGAUGGCAAGAUGGUGAACGAAAUUCCAUUGCGGUACAAGACGCAGUACGGAGCAGAUCGCAUCAUGUGGCAUCGUCAGGAUCUCCACGCCUACCUCAGAACGAUGGCCACAAGUACCAAAUGGGAGGGCCAACCUGCGACACUACGUACCUCAUCACGAGUGUCUAGUUGUGACUGCGAGGAGGGCAAGGUGACACUAGAAGAUGGAGAAGUCUUGGAAGCAGAUCUUGUUAUAGGCGCAGAUGGCAUACACAGUGUCCUGCGCACUUCUGUACUUGGCAAGGAAGUCAAGCCAAAACCCACAGGCUUCUCAGCAUACCGACUAAUGCUUCCUACCACGGUGCUCAACGAAUACGCUCCACAGUUUGCUACGAACAUCAAGCCAGAAGAACCUUACACAUCCAUGGUUAUGGCGCACUCUUGCCGGCUCAUCAUGGGUCCUGCCUGCGAUGCACAACUCUACAGCAUCGUCGGAUUAGUACCAGACGAGCGGAUGAAUGAGGACCCUGAUAGCGCGCAGUCGUGGGUCACGAAAGGGGAUUCUGGAAAGAUGCUGGAAACCUUCAAGGACUUCCCCAGCUGGACCCAGGAUGUGCUUCGAAAUGCCGAUAGCAUUGGCCUUUGGCAGCUGCGCGACUUGGACCCGUUGGAGACCUGGCACUCUGGGCGCGUGAUUCUCAUUGGAGAUGCAGCGCAUGCCAUGCUACCCACUCAAGGCCAAGGCGCAAGCCAAACUAUCGAGGACGCUGAAGCUCUAGGUACACUGUUCAGCCAUAUCACAGAGAGGCCUUCGAGGGACGAAGUGUCUUCCGUUCUUGAAGACGUCUUCAAGUGUCGGUUUGAACGUGUGAGCUUGAUCCAGCAAUUCAGUCGCGAAGCUGCGAAGCCUGCAACAGAGCAGGGCAGUAAUGUCAUCAAGAUGCGCCCCGAUGAGUUCAUGGACUACAACUGCACAUAUCGAGGUGUACGAGAUUGGGAGGAGAAGCGUUCGAUGGCAGCAAUAACAGCCGGUAUACAGACAGUUGCAGUGGCCUAG